CCUGUCCACGGUGGCCUCGGCCCACGUGGUUCCGGGACGGAAAAUGGCGGCGGCAGGCAGUCCCGCUUCGCUUGAGUCUGCUCCACGAAUCAUGCGGCUGUUGUCUGAGUGCAGUCGUUCCAGAGCCCGGGCAGGCGAGCUGCGGCUGCCGCAUGGAACUGUUGCUACUCCUGUGUUCAUGCCUGUGGGAACACAGGCCACCAUGAAGGGGAUCACGGCGGAGCAGCUGGAUAGCCUGGGCUGCCGUCUCUGCUUGGGCAACACCUACCAUCUGGGGCUGAGGCCGGGUCCGGAGCUGAUCCAGAAAGCCCAGGGUCUUCACGGCUUCAUGAAUUGGCCUCACAAUCUGCUGACAGAUAGCGGCGGCUUCCAGAUGGUGUCCCUGUUCUCCUUGUCCGAGGUGACUGAGGAGGGCGUCCGCUUCCGCUCGCCCUACGAUGGCCAAGAGACACUUUUGAGCCCAGAGAGGUCUGUGGAGAUUCAGAACGCUCUGGGCUCUGACAUCAUCAUGCAGCUGGACGAUGUGGUGAGCAGCACAGUGACAGGCCCUCGAGUGGAGGAGGCCAUGCACAGGUCAGUGCGCUGGCUGGACAGAUGCAUUGCAGCCCAUCAGCACCGGGACAAGCAGAACCUCUUUGCUAUCAUCCAGGGGGGACUGAAUGCCGACCUUCGGACCACUUGCCUGAAAGAGAUGACCAAGAGGGAUGUCCCGGGCUUCGCCAUCGGAGGACUGAGUGGGGGAGAGAGCAAGGCGCAGUUCUGGAAGAUGGUGGCUUUAAGUACUUCCAUGCUGCCUAAGGACAAGCCAAGAUACCUGAUGGGGGUUGGCUAUGCCACUGAUUUGGUAGUCUGCGUUGCUCUUGGAUGUGACAUGUUCGACUGUGUAUACCCCACACGGACAGCGCGCUUUGGCUCCGCUCUUGUACCCACUGGGAACCUGCAGUUGAAGAAACAGCAGUACGCCAAGGAUUUUAGUCCCAUAAACUCAGAGUGUCCUUGUCCCACCUGCCAGAAGCAUAGCCGCGCCUUCCUGCACGCCCUGCUGCACAGCGACAACACCGCAGCUCUGCACCACCUCACUGUGCAUAACAUUGCCUAUCAGCUGCAGCUCCUGAGCGCCAUGAGAAGCAGCAUCUUGGAGCAGCGCUUUCCUGACUUCGUACGAAACUUCAUGUGCACCAUGUAUGGGGACCACAGCCUCUGUCCUGCCUGGGCUGUUGAAGCACUGGCCUCUGUGGGAAUCACACUCACAUGACCUGGGUGCUGGGGAGGACGCUGGGGUGUGGGGGUUCUGAAGGAUUGUUUUUUGAAAAAGAUUUUGUUGCUGCUUUUUGUUUUCAUCUGAGAUCUGGUGUCUUCUUGGGGAGGUGGCCUGUCUAUAUUCUUCCUGGUCCCAAGCUUCACUGUAGUUGGAGGUCUCACUUCUCAGGAAGAAGUAACAGGGAGUGGCGGCAGGUCCAUUGAUGGGGUCUGUGUGGGGUCCCAGAGAAAGGCUGAGCCAGGCAAGGUCGGGGAGGUGGCCCCGAGGGCUUGAGUCUGAGUCUGGUGGCUUUCAGCACAGUCCUAGCUCGAGAAAGGCAUUAGUUGUUGGAUAGCUGCAAGUUCAAGGCCAGCUUGGUUUUCAUGACCAGCCAGGGGUACUGAGUAAGACCCUUUCUCAACAAAAACAAAACAGAAAAUAACAAGAGCAUCAGUGGGGUACCGAGGAACCACCAGGCACAGCCCACCUUUUUUUAACUUUAAGAUAAGGUUUCUCCGUGUAGCCCUGCUUUCUUGCGACUCACUCUGUAGACUGGGCUGGUCUUGAACUCACAGAGAUCCACCUGCCUCUGCUUCCCAAGUGCUGGGAUUAAAGAAGGUGUGCACCGUCUUUCUUUGUUUUCUUCUUUUACUUUUUAAAUUUUAUUUAUUUUUUAUUUUUUAAAAUUUUAUAUGCAUUGAGUUUUUUGUUGGUGUUGUUGAUGUUUUUUUUUUUUUUUUUUUUUUUUGUUUGGUUUGGUUUGGUUUGGUUUUUCGAGACAGGGUUUCUCUGUAGCUUUGGAGCCUGUCCUGGCACUAGCUCUUGUAGACCAGGCUGGCCUCGAACUCACGGAGAUUCACCUGUCUCUGCCUUCGAGUGCUGGGAUUAAAGGCGUGCGCCACCACCGCCUGGCUUGUUUUGGGUUUUUUGCUUUCAAAUAUGUCUGUGUUAGGGUGUUGGUGUUGGAGCCCUUCGAACUGGAGUCGUGGACCUUGUGAGCGUCCAUGUGGGUGCUGGAAAUCUGAAAGAGCAGUCAGUGAUCUUAACUCCUGAGGAGCCAUCUCUCCAGCUCCUAUUUCUUUCCUUUUCUUUUUAUGUUAUUUUUAAAGAUAGGAUUUUUCUAUGUAGCUUUAGCUGUCCUGGAACUUGCUCUCUAGACCAGGCUGGUUUUGAACUCAGAGAUCUGCCUGCCUCUGCCUCUUAUGCGCUGGAAUUAAAGAUGUGCUCCUCCACCAGUCUGGGGGCUCCUUCUUGAGGUCAGGAUGUCGCAGCUACCCUUGAAGACAUCACUGUUAUUCU